AUGGAGGUCGACUCGGCCGAGCACGAUGAGCUGAUCGAUGCAGUGGGCAGGGCCGCUCGGCUCGAGCUGUUGGUCCCGGCUGGGAGCGUCACUGUGGAGCUCAGCGCCAAUGACAGGCGCCGUUGGCCAGAGUGGGUGCAUACCGCCCAGUCCCGAGAGCCUUUUUACAAGGUCGAUCUCGUGGAGGCCAGCUCCCCCGCUCUCGCGGAGGAGAUGGGGAAGCUGGUCAAGAAGGGCGCCCUGUACGUGCGUUGCUGCCGCAGCGCCACCUCCGAGUGCAAGGUGCUGGGCCCGGCUGGUGCGGCCACGAUCCAUUGCGGCGAGUUCCGGCUUUGGCCUGCCGACGGCGGGAGCGCCGACCAUCCUCGGGACGGCCCGCCCUCGAAGAAGCCGAAGGCCGUGGACGCGCGGUUAGAGCAGCCGCCAGCCCCUGACCAUGCAGGGGGGCAUCGCGUCGGGGAGGCCUUGGCCACGGGUCGUCCUGCCACGGCCCCUCCACCCAGGGAUCCGGCGAUGGCACGCGUGGCUGAGCUCAGGGAUAAGCUGGCGGCUGUGAGACGGCGGGCCGGUCACGGGCCCGAGGCUCCAGGGGAAGGUGGUGGCCGGUCGGCUGCUUCCUCGGGGCUCCACUUCUCCAUCGACCCUGGUGGCGCCGGGGCUGCUGGGCCAGGUGGGCCUGACCGUGAGGAGCGCAGGAAUGACGAGGAGGGGGGGCGCCUCGCCGAGGAACUGAAGGCGAAGAUCAGGGAGCUGAAGGGGCCCACGUCGGUCCACGAUCGUUUGAUCGAGAGGGCCAUUGAGCGGGCCGGCAGGCAGGGUAGGAAGGCCCGCGACAGGCCGCUCGUGGACACGCACCUCACGGCCGUGCUCCUGCCAGCCUCGGGGGACCGCGGGCUGCGGAACACGCGCGAGCUGAAGACGCUUGCGCUCGCGAUCGACCACUUGCUGUCCGGACGCAUCUGCGAGGCCGGGGACCUCUUGGCCCAGAGGUUCCGCGCCGUGGAAGCGUCGCACCAGGAGGGCUGGGCGGUGGCCAGGCACCUCGAGGUAAUUGGGGACACGGCGGUCCCCAGCCUGACGGAUCGCGAGAGAGAGGUGGCCGUGCGGCAGGAGACCGAGGAUCGGAAGUUCAAGGACUUGGUCGCCAAGGCCAAUGGCGAGGCCUGGCUAGAGACUCGGCCGGGCUGGCGACUGUGGCGGGUCGCCGGCCUUGAGGCAGCAGGCGGAGGUCCAGGGCGCCCGCCAGCCAUGAAGAGGCGCAGUCCAUGGUUUCUGCACCUGCUCGCGCAGAAGGUCGACUAUUUCCUGGACCUGGACGCGGUCGUACCGUGCGAGGAUUGGGCUGCGAGCCUCAAGUCCGCGCGCGUCGCCUAUGACGGCAACGCCGUGGAGCGGGCCCAGAGGCUCUCGCGGCCCCAGGCGCUUCCGGGGUUGCCGCGCCCCGAGAACUGCGCAAGCAUACCAGCUGAAGAGAUAGCCGAGGGCGUCGUCAAGGAGUUCCUGGAGAACCCGCGCCGUUGCCUGCUGGACUUGGACGCCCUGGAGGCCCCCCCGACGGCGGGGGCGGUCCUGAUCCAGCCUGGCGAGGACCUCGUCAUCGCCAAGGACGUGCUCCGUUUCGUUAUGAACUUGACCGCCUCCAACAGCGCGCAGGAGCUAGCCUGGAGCUGGCUGGACUUGAAGGGGCGUUUCUACUUGUUCCGUUCGCGGCGGACCUGGGCCCCCCUGUUCGCUUUCAAUUGGCAUUGCGAGGCGUCCGAGCUCGGGGUGCCUGGGCAUGGCCGUCGCUGGCUGGCCUCUGUCACCUUGCCAACGGGAUGGAAGUCCGCAAUGGGGAUGGUGCAAUACUUGCAUCGCAAGCUCCUCAUGCGGACGGGAGCUCCAUCAAGGGCCCUCCCCGCCCCGAGGGAGCUCUGGAAGGACCGCGCGGUUCCGCCUUUACUGCCAGGCGGCGGCGAUAUGUCAGCGCUGUGGCAGAUCUACGCGGACGACCUCGACGUGCCGACGUCCGCGGAGAAGGCGGGCGACAGACUGCAGAUCGCCCGAAGGCUGGGUGCGCGGAUCGAUGGAGCGGCUGGCGCCGUUAGCCCGGACGCCAGGCGGAUCGGCCGCAUCAUCGGCGCCAAGGACUUGCAGGUGCUGGGUGGCCAUUGGACGCAUCUGUUCCAGUUCCGCCGGGAGGCGUCGAGCCUUCUGGCCCACUUCUGGCCGCUGCUGGCGACGGCGCUUCGGCGUCGGAAGGUCGCGGCCACGGAGCUCGUGAGGACCGAGCUGUGGCUGUGCGUUGUUCACCUGCCGCUUCUCGCUAUGUCUCUCAGGUCGGCUAUCGACCCUGUCGCCACGGCGUCCGACGCCUCCGAGCAGGGCGGGGGCGUUUGCGCAUCCCGGGGCCUCACGCCCACCGGGCGCCUGGACGUCGUUCACGACCGCGCGCUCCUCGCUCGAGGCGCGACGGACGGCCCGGACUUGGCUAGCCUCUGCGAUGGGAUCGGCGGCGCAAGGCAAGCCCUGCACCUGCUGGGGGUCACACCCGCCAUGUAUUGCAGCAGCGAGGUGGACGACGCGGCCCUCAGGGUCAUCCGGGCGCGCUGGCCCGAAGCCGUGGAGCUCGGCGGCAUGGGAACUAUCUGCCAGGCCACUUUCGACCCGUUGGCCAGGAAGUUUUGCAACCUGUCGUUGAUCGUGGUCGUGCUGGGUGCCCCCAGCCAUGCCCCGAGCCCGCUGUUCAGGUUCGUCGAGGUGGUGGCAGCGGCGCGGCGUGCGUUCGCAUACUGCGAGGUCAUGUGGCUCGUGGAGUCAGUGCCCGACAUGGGGGCGCAGUCGGAGGAGCAGUUUUCGGGCCUUCUGGGCCAGCGUCCGCUCUACCUGCGCCCGGGGAAGAAGCGCCCUCCGCAUAGGCUGGCCGGUUGUGCGGACUGCGACCUGGACACGUUGGCACGGUGGCAGGCCGAUGGCAUGCGGCACCCGCCCUGCCAGUACAAGCCGGCCAAUUGCGUCUGGCAGUGCAGGCAGGGGGCAUCAGCGGCGAGGCUGCGCCCACUGGUAGCCAAUGAGAGGGAGGCCAUGAUGGGCUACCCCAGGGGCUACACUUUAGCGGGCCCUGGGGCGCGCGAGUCAGGGUCAGGACCGUUGAGAAACAACCAGCUGAAGCCUGGGACCUUGAAGAGAUACGGCGACGCUGUCAAGCGCUUCUUUGCCUGGAUGGACCGAAUGUCACAUCCAGUGCCGCCUCACACGGGCGACUUCGAUGUUUUACUGUGCGAACACUUUGAGCAUUUGUGGCAGGAAGGCGAUGCCUUGGCCCUGGCCGGCGACGCUCUCAGCGGGCUGACCCACGAGGUUAAAAACCUGAAAGGCAGCUUGCGCGAGAGUUGGGGGGUGUUGGGAACUUGGCAGUCCCUCGAGCCUCCGAAUCGCGCGCCGCCGCUCUUGGACGAGGCGGUCUGCGCCAUGGCCGGUUGGGCACUAGGAGAGGGGAAUGUAGGUUUCGUUUUCUUCUGCUACACUGCCUACCAGUGCAUCUUGAGGACCGGCGAAGCUUUCGGCCUCAAG